AUCAGCUUCUCCUAAUUGCGGCCUGCAUUAAAAUGAAUUCGGUCACUGGCCAUUUGCCGAGGAAAGAGAUAAUAAGAGAAAGGAAAUUUUCUACAAGGACCCUCAUCAAUCAAACCAAUUACGGACACUGUAAAUGGAGAGAGGUUUAACAUGUGUAGCAGCAUCUCAAUCAACAAGCCCCCUCUGCUUCUCGAGUCACACUUUCAUCCACAAGCAGCUUCUGUUACCUGUCAUUACCACUGAUGGGAAAGCUACCAUUACCAGUACAAGAAGGAAGCCCUUAGCUGUUAGGGCCUGGAAUGUUGGUACAAGAAGACAGACCUUAUCAGGUAAUUGGGAUGUUGCAAAUUUCUAUUCUUUUGCUACUUCCGCUUCAUCGCUCCCAAGAUUCGAGGAGCUAGAUAUGACCAACAUGCUCCUCCGUCAACGAAUCAUCUUCUUGGGUUCUCAGGUAGAUGAUGUGGCAGCAGAUUUUAUCAUAAGCCAGCUCUUAUUCCUUGAUGCUGAAGACCCAACAAAAGACAUCAAGUUGUUUAUUAAUUCACCUGGUGGUUCUGUCACUGCAGGAAUGGGAAUAUAUGAUGCAAUGAAAUUGUGCAAGGCUGAUGUUUCAACUAUUUGCCUGGGGCUUGCUGCAUCUAUGGGAGCAUUUCUUCUUGCUUCUGGUUCCAAAGGCAAAAGGUUCUGCAUGCCCAAUGGGAGAGUGAUGAUCCAUCAGCCACUUGGAACUGCUGGAGGCAAAGCAACAGAGAUGAGCAUACGGAUAAGAGAAAUGAAUUAUCACAAGAUUAAGCUUAACAAGAUACUGUCGAGAGCUACUGGGAAGCCUGUAGAGCAGAUUGAAGUUGACACUGAUCGUGAUAAUUUCAUGGAUGCUUGGGAAGCUAAAGAAUAUGGGCUGGUAGAUGCAGUCAUCGAUGAUGGAAAACCAGGACUGGUUGCGCCUCUUGCAGAUGCUUCACCUCCACCAAAGACACGGGUGUGGGAUCUUUGGAAAGUUGAAGGGAGCAAGAAAGCUAGGAAAAAUCUGCCCUCAGAGCAGAAAAUUUUGGACAAUGGAUAUGUGGGGGUUCAAGGAGGUGAUGAGGAUAGAGGAACGGACCAGGAAAGGGAAGAACCUACUUCUACGUAAUAUUUGACUUUUCUUUUACCUCUCAAAGCAGUCUUGCCUUGCAAGAUUUGGAAUUAGUGAAGUUUCUGAGUAUAAAUUUUGAGAGAAAUGUAGGGAACAUGAUCUUUAUAAAUUUAACACAUUUAUAAGAACGUUCAAAUUUCCUUCAAAA